CUCGAAUUCCAUACAGAGAAACAAUGGCUCCUAAAUCUUUGGCAGAACAGAUCGCGGAGCUCGACGACCCGACACCGAAGGAUUUCGAUCCCGAGGAUCUUGAACAGGGGGCCCAAGAUAGCUCCGACGAGGAGGGCGGACAGGAUGCCGAUGCUAGUGCUGGGAGAGAACAUUACCAGGCUGUAGGAAAAGGGAAACUUCGCAAGCAGGACCCUAUCAACUUGGGCAAGCAAUACGCCGGAUCGAAGGUCAGCAGAGACGCUCUUGAGGCGGAGAGUGACGAUGAUCCGUUCGCGGCACGUUCCAGCGACGACGACGAUGACGCCAGUGACGAUGAUGAGGAUGAGGAGGGGUCAGGCAGUGACGAGGAGGACGUCUCCGACGAGGAAGAAGUGAUGGAAAAGAAGCGCUCUAAGGGUGUGCAGAAGAAGGGGAAAUCGAAUGCGCGUGAAGAUAUGGAGACCGAUGGGUCGGAUGAUGAGAGCGAGGGGUUCUCUGGCGAGGAUGACGAAGACAUGGAAAUCCCGUCUGACGAGGACGACGAUGAGGACGACGACGAAGAGGAUGAAGAUGAGGAGGACGAGGAUGAAGAUGAAGACGAAGACGAACCCCCCAAACGCAAAUCCUCAUCCGACGACCGCGAGGAACUCCGCAAACUGAUGGCCUCGGACCAAAAAUCCAUCGCAGCCACCAUCUCGCAAGCCACCAAAGCCGAUGCCGUCAAAGGCAAAGCCGUCAAGCAGCAGCGUGCGACCUUCGACGCCCUUCUCAACUCGCGCAUCAAACUCCAAAAGGGUCUAGCGGCCAUCAACCAGCUCUCCGGCACGACCAAGAACGCGGACGAAGUCGACGGUGAGGCCGUCAAGUCCGCCGAGUCCGCCGCUCUCACCCUCUGGUCGACGCUCGAAGACCUCCGCGUUGCCCUCGCAGAUGCGCACACGCCCGGCGAGAAGCGCAAGCGCGCGAGCCCCGCCACGCCCUCCACCUCGUCCGCCUCGCUGUGGAAGCGCAUGACCGACCUCGAGGCCUCCUCCCUCUCGCACCGGCGCACCGUCCUCGACAAGUGGUCGCACAAGGUGCGCGGCUCCAACGCCACGAUCCCCAACACCCGCGGCAAACUCCUCGGCGCCAGCGCAGCCGGCCAGCAGAACGUCAGCGCCGUCCUGGACGCCUACGUCGCCACCGAAACGGGCGACCGCGCCGCCAAGCGAGCGCGCAAAUCGGCAGCCAGCGACUCCGCCAAUGCCGACGACGAGCCCAUCUACGAUGACACCAUCUUCUACCAGUCUCUGCUCCGGGAGCUCGUCGAGCAGCGCCUGUCGUCGUCGGACGCUAUCACCAACGGCAUCGACACCCUGCACAUCCAGCUGCCGUCGCGGGCGGUGCACCACGUCACGGGCAUGCGCAAGGACAAGAUCAAGCGGGACAUCGAUACGCGGGCGUCCAAGGGCCGCAAGAUGCGGUUCGACGUCCAUGAGAAGUUGCAGAAUUUCAUGGCGCCUGAAGAUCGGACUUCGUGGACUGGCCACUCCCGGAAUGAGUUCUUUGCGUCGUUGCUGGGCCGGACGGCUAGUGGGCUGCUGGGUGAAGGCGAUGACGAGGAGGCGAGCAGCGGUGGUGAGGAGAGCGAGGAAGAUAUGGAGGAGGGUGGACUGCGUCUGUUCCGCAGUUAAAUUGGUUGGAUAUGUAGAUUGUUGAUAGCAUAGUUGUAUAAAUUGUUU